AUACAUCCCCUGUUUUUAUAAGCUCUGCUUUUAAAAGUAAGACAGCCCCCCCUGCAUUCCUCCCUUUCAUACCUUUCCCACUUUUGUUAUUCUCUCAAUCUAAGAAAUGGAUUAUAGUGGCAAAUCUGCAAUAUCUCCAAUUAAUGUCAAUUCUACGUUCUCAAAAUACUCUCCAUCUUCUUCUUCUUCAUCUCCACCCUCUUCACAAACCUCUGCUCCAAGCUUUCCUUCCCCUUCCAAGUCCUCUCCGGGUGUCGUCCCGGCUGCUCUUCCUUCCAUUGUUCUGAGUCCAUGUGCUGCCUGCAAGAUUCUUCGACGGAGAUGUGUUGACAAAUGUGUUUUGGCUCCGUAUUUCCCUCCCACCGAGCCUUAUAAGUUCACCAUUGCUCAUAGAGUAUUUGGUGCUAGCAACAUCAUCAAGUUCUUACAUGAUCUACCAGAAUCACAAAGAGCAGAUGCAGUAAGCAGUAUGGUGUACGAAGCCAGUGCAAGGAUCCGAGACCCGGUUUACGGCUCUGCAGGAGCAGUCUUUCAGCUCCAGAAACAACUGAGUGAGCUCCAAGAACAAUUGGCCAAGGCACAAGCAGAGCUUGUGAACAUGCAAUCCCAAAAAGCCAAUUUAGUAGCUCUAUUUUGCAUGGAAAUGGCACAAUCUGGAGAAGCUACUGUACUGUAUCAGCAGCAGCACCAGCAGCAGCAACAGGAUUACAUUAAUACUGAUCCAACCUGCUUUUAUGAGGACAACAAUCUAUUGGAUCCAUCUUGGAGUCCUCUUUGGUGUUGAUGAAAAUACCAGUUGAAGCAUUAGAUUUGAUUAAUUAAUAAUUAACGAAAGUGAUUUUUAUUCUGGUAGGUGUCUGAACGAGUCGAUGUGAUGAAUGACUGGGGAAAUCGUUUGAAAAGGGAUUUGACAUUGAUGGCUA